UUGGUAUUCUCACUGCCAUGACACUGCUCUGUGUCUGGCAGUCGAUCAGGUUUAAAGAAAAAAAUAUACAUGUCUCGCACCGAAGUUAGCUCACCUUCUGCACUAUUUGACGCGACGAUUAAAUCAAAAAUACACAGCUGUCAAGUCGACAGUUGCUUUUCAGUUGUCAUGGUUACACGUCUGCGUCCAAAAUGGCGUCCUUAAUCGGGGAGCAACUCUUUCAAAUUGGCGGUCAAGGUCCACCUCCUCCGAAAGAUUUUUUCCAUCUUGCUGUUUGCGAAAAACGAGGUGAAGUAAUCUGGAGAUCAUGGACGAUUUCUUUGAGACUUGAUUGCCGAGGCGCUCCACCCAAAGAGCUGAGGACAUCCCAUCAGGAUUUCCUACAUCAUAAAAGGCUGCAGCAACAGCUUGGUGCUGUUUUUGGGCAGAGGAUCCUGGAAUACACAAUUUCACUUUGUCAAGGAAAGAUUGAUUACCUGGAGCGUUUACCUGAUGACAUUAUGCUUCGUAUCAUGUCCUACCUACAGCUGAAAGAGGCAACACUUCUGGCACAGGUUUCACAUAGAUUCAGAAAGCUCUGCAAUUCUGAGAAGUUUUGGGAGCACACUGUGAGGAAUCGCUGUGCUGGGUUCACCAGUGACAUGGAGGACAUAGGCAAUGCCAUAGGCUGGAGGAACAUCUUCUUUACCUUUUUCCACACCAGUGGCAGCAAAGAGCAGCAGUAAAGCAGUAAAGGUUUUGUCCCUGUUGUUAAACAACUGCAAUUCAAAUCCUGUCACAGCACAUGGAUAGCCAGUGUUAAUUUUGCACUUUGUUAAACAAGAGGCAGUGUUUUCAUUGAGGUUUAGUAAGUGUUCAUAAGUUUCAAAUUCAGAAUUGCAGAAAAAAUAUGUAAUCCAUUGGUCUAAAUGUGCCAAAACAAACAAAUCAGUAUUUCUGUGUUGCUUAUUUGUUGUUGCUCUUGGGAUGACAACAAUUACCAAAAGUAUUCAAUGGAAAGAUGUAGUUACUUACAAGUUCUGUAUGUUGCAAAGAGUUUACAUUGUGAAAUGUUACAGGUUAAUUAAAUCAGCAUACUAUAUAACACAG